AUGCAGAACGACAAGUACAUCAUGCUGCGAACAUUUUCAGGCGAGACCAAUUACAUCAAGUAUCUUUCAGUGCGCUGUGAAUCCUUGCCCCACGUGUGCCGCCUUAUCGAUGAAUAUCUGGUGGACUCUAUACAUCCACAGGUUCUUCAAGACGCAUGUGAACAUGGAGCAUCAAGUGACGACCUCGAGUUCAUUCGGAAGAGGACAGCUCCAAACUGGACGAAUGUGGUAAAAGCAGCAGCUAGAGGUGGAUAUUUACACGUGUUUGAGUGGAUGUUAGAGCGGCAAGACGGUUGUUGUCCGUGGGAGGUUGAUCUUAGAGAUGUUCUUGCAGAGGCUGCUGCACAUGGUCACCUCAAACUUAUGAAGUGGCUAUAUAGUCGAGUGGUGCCGCUAGAAACGGUCACUUCGAAGUUGUGCAGUGGUUAUAUGAGAACGUUUGUAGGGAACAGUUGGCAUCAGCAAUGGAUGCAGCCGCAGAAAAUGGGCAUCUAG